AUGGCUCUGCGUGUAACGGAGGAGAUCGACAAGCCCCAGACUGACCGACGCAGCUACAGGUUUGUCCAACUGCCGAACCACUUGUCGGUGCUCCUGGUCAGCGACGCUGAGGCGGACUUGGCGUCUGCAGCCCUGGACGUCAACGUAGGCGCGUUCUUUGAUCCCCGGCCAGUGGAAGGCCUCGCACAUUUCUGCGAGCACAUGCUCUUCCUGGGCACAGAGAAGUUUCCGGAUGAGACGGAGUACUCCAACUUCAUCAAGCAGCAUGGGGGCUGCAACAACGCGUACACUGAGCACACGCACACAAACUAUCACUUCUCCGUUGCGCCGGAACACCUCGAGGGCGCUCUGGACCGAUUUUCCCAGUUUUUCGUUUCGCCGCUUUUCACCGAAAGUGCAACGGACAGGGAGUUGAACGCCGUCGACAGCGAGUUCCGCCUGAGACUCGUGAACGAUUUUAUUCGGCGGUGGCAUUUGCUCCACAAACUGGCGAAUCCGGAACACCCGUUCAAUCGGUUCUCAUGUGGAAACCUGGUGUCGCUACAGGAGGUCCCGAAGGCGCUCGGCGCCGACGUCCGGCAGGAGCUGCUGGCCUUCCACAAGAAAUGGUACAGUGCGAACAUCAUGACGCUUGUCAUCCUCGGAAAAGACUCCUUGGAUCGGCUGCAGGACCUCGCCGAGAAGUACUUUGGAACGAUCCAAAACAAACAAGUGCCUCUGCGCCCCUCCCGGGCAAUCGUGGACCCGAACGUCCCGGUCUUUCGGCCUGAAGAAGAUUUGCAACAAGUCGCCUACAUCGUCCCGAUCAAAGACCAAAGAGAAAUCCACUUCGAGUUUGUCCUGCCUCCCCAAAUAGACGCCUGGAAAACUAAACCGACCCGGUACCUUUCUCACCUCGUCGGCCAUGAGGGCAAAGGCUCUCUCCUCUCCGCGCUGAAGAAAGAAGGGCUGGCCAUCGGCCUGAACAGCUGGAGUCUUGACGAGGAAUGCGUCAGCAUCUUUUACAUUUCCAUUGAACUCACGGAGCAGGGAGCGUCUGACGCUGGGAUUGAUCGAGUGGAAGACCUCGUCUUUCUUUAUCUGAGCUUGCUUCGCACCUCGCCUGUCCAGGAAUGGGUUUUCGAGGAGUCGAGGUCUUUGGCGGAGAUGGGCUUUCGCUUUGCCGACACAGAGAACCCGCUGCCGUUUUGCAUUUCACACGCGAAAUACCUUCACCGGUAUCCUCCUGAGUACGCGUUGUCGGGGCCUCACCUCUUUUUUUCUCUCGACAAGACGCAAAUCGAAGACAUUCUCCAACGGCUCACACUGGACGCUUUACGCAUCGAGGUGGUUGGAAAGCGCUAUGCAGACCUGUGCACCAGCAAAGAAGACAUCUACGAUAUCUCGUACCAUACGGAAGCCUUCUCGAGCAAACAGCGUCAACGAUGGGGCGGCAUUCUACGCGCUUCGCCUCAGGAAGCCUGGGAUGCAGCGACGAAAGAAGGGCUGAGUUUUCCAACUCCUAACCCUUUCGUCCCGACCGAUCUGUCGUUGCGCCCGCUGGCCGCCUCUCCGUCGUCUGCCUCUUCCCUUCCCUGCGCCCUGCCGGUAUCGGGUCUUGGCGGGGACGGAAACCAGUCCUCCUUCCCGCACCUUGCAAAGGUUCAGCCACAAAUUUACUUCAAGCAAGACGACACCUUUUUGCUGCCCAAGCUGUCGGUUCGUCUUUGGAUCAAAACGCCGGUGCCGGCGACGAACAACCAGGAUGUUCUGACGGAGUUCUACAUGCGCACUUGGGUGUACGUACAGACUGUCGCUGAGAUGGUCAACGAAGACCUGUACGAUGCCGAAGUUGCAGGUCUGUAUUUCACGCUGAAUGGCGGCGACUGGCCCGGAGAAAUCUCCCUUUCUGCGCAAGGUUUCAACGAUAAACUCCCGCUUCUUGUCGACAAAUUGACCUUCGCACUUUCGCACUCCGGCGCUGUUCCCCCUGCCGAAGCCCAUCGGGAAGGAUCGCCUGACUCAGCGAAGGACGCCGGAAAAACAAACGGGGAAGCGCCGUUUCGUCUCGACCGUCGCGCCUUCGAUGUAGUGAAGGAGAACCUUCACAGAAAGCUUUCGAAUAGCAUUCUGUAUCGCACGGUGUCCCAGCAAGCUGCAACACUGCGCGGCGAAGCCCUGGAGAUACCGUACUUCAGCUACGAGGAGUUGCUCCGCGUUCUCGAGAAGCUGGCGCCCGCCGACGUCGAGGAAGUGCCGAGAACGCUGUUUCAGCGCGCGUGUGUAGAAGCGCUCAUCGUCGGCAAUAUGUCGUCUGCUGAGGCUUAUUCGAUGGUCGAGAUGGCCUUGAAGAAUCUCAACAUCGAGACGAAACUCGACGGCAGUUCGCUUCCGGAGAAGGCCGUAGUUGACCUCGCCUCCCUCAACCUCGCCCGACUUCGGUCGUCUCUCCCUGGGCACUGUGCCGCAGCUGCCUCCUCGCCGUCGGCUGACGCCUCCACUGACCGACAGGAAAACGGCCACAGCGGGAACGGGGACACAAAGCUGUGUGCGGUCCGCGCCACGGAGGACUUGAAGGCUUCGGAAGUGAAACUGAAGAUUCGUUCGGAAAACUCGAACCCUCAAGAUCCCAACAGCGCCGCCUUCCUUCGUUUCCAGGUCGGGGACUUGGAGAUACGGGAGAGAUCAAUGUUGUCUUUGUUCUCCCACUGUGUCUCCCAGGCGUUCUUCGAUGAACUGCGAACGCAACAGCAGCUCGGGUACGUUGUCCAUGCCCACCGCAGUUUCCAGCUGCGGUCUCAGGGAAUGGAUUUUUUUGUCGCCGGCUCGAAGUUUUCCGCGGAUCUCAUGGCCACGCGGAUCGAGCGCUUCGUUGAAAAGUAUAUCGGUUCGCUGCGCCACAUCGACGCCGUUUUGUCCGACUCCCUCUUUGAGAAACACCGCGCAGCACUUAUCAGCGAACUGAAGGUUCGGCCGCAAAACGUGUUUGAAGAGGCGCAGCGGUACGCGCAGGAAAUCAGCACGAGGCACUUCCUGUUUGAUCGGCGUGAACGGACGGUCGCCGAACUCGCCAGUCUAGAGAAGAACGAGUUCCUUCGCUUCAUUCUCCACCGCCUCCGGCCUUCGCCUGUUCUGCUCCUCUGCAUCGACAGACAGGCUGCAGCGAGUGACCUCGCCUCUCGCGAAGGACAGGCCGCGGGCGAAAACGGCGAGAGCCUCCAGACGGAGACUCAAAGAGAGGCUCAGAAGCGGAGGGCGAGCGAAUCUCAGCCGGAAAAAAGCAAUCUGUUUGAGGGGUGGACGGACGUCCCCGCUCCACGGGAGUUGCGGAAUUACGCAACCCGCACGUUCGCGAUGCCCAAGUGA